GGGAGCGGAGGAGGGCUCCCUGGCGCUGGCCCAGCCCGCCGUGGGGGACAAGGAGGCCGGCUCCCUUUGCGGCGCUUUCGAGGUCCGAACAUGAGCCUGGAGACGCAUCCUGCGUCCUGACGGCCGGAGCCGCUGCCUGCCCUGCCCGCCCGGCGGCUCGGGGAGCCCUCCCGCUCCUGGGAGGCGGGCACGGGGGCUGAGCGCGCUGCUUCUCCGGGCCCCUCGAGUGCUGGGGUGCAGAUAGUGAAGAUGGGGCUGCAGCAUCGGGAGGGCUCUGGGGGUCUCCCGGGGGCCCUAUGAAGGAGACACAGAGGCCACCCAGCGCAGCCCCGCCAGCCGGGGAGCCUUCCCGAGGCAGGUGCCCAGCCGCCCCACGCUUUGGCUCCUGCAGUCCGUGAGAGCCGUCCCACCGACGGGAAGCCCCGGUCCCCGGCCCUCCUUCCCCAGCACAGGGAGCGCUGCCUCUGCCAGGCUCCGGUGCCUCCACUUCCCCAUACCCAUGAGAACCCAGGGGCUUUGGGGCAAGGGACGCUGAGGCUCGAAGCGGCAAGCCGGGCUCUGCGCUCGGCGUCCUCGAACGCCGCGUGACCUCGAACUCUGCGCCCCAGCCUGCAUCCUUCAGCUCACUGCCCGCGGCCGGCACUCUCGGUUCUCGUCACCUCCCCAUCACCUCCCCGGGGCCCAGAGUCCCCAGGCCUGGCCCGGUGAGCCCAGAGACCGUCUGCCCGCUCCUAGGCCCCCCCCCCCCCCCCCCCCGGGAGCAAAUCCGGCCGGCCGCAGCCCCCGGCUGCCCCCGCCCCCGCCCCCGCCAUGAGGUUGUGGGUCUGGGCCGUGGCCACGGCGCUCUUGUGGCAGCACCUGGCCCUGCUCAGGGGCGCCGGCGCCAAGAGGGAGCGCAAGAAGGCCAAGGAACCGAGCCAGUACACGGAGCCCUUCAAUGCCACGCUCUCCAACAGCGAGGAGCUGCCCGGGCAUCCCAAGCCACCCGAGGGUCCGGGUCCUGAGCUCUCAGACGCCCACAAAACUUGGCUGAACUUUGUCCGGAGGCCGGAUGAGGGCGCCCCCAGGAAGAAAUGCAAAGGAAAAGAUAAGAGAUUACGUGGCCUCAUGGGCCCUCCUGGCCCCCCCGGGCCUGCUGGCCCCCCAGGCCCCCCAGGGGCCGAAGUCACCCAGGAAGCUCUGUUGCAGGAGUUCAAGGACAUGCUGAAAGUGUUCCCCACAGAGGCCACAGAGCGCCGGGCGGCGACGGCGGCCUUGGCCCAGCCCAGCCAGAGGCCCCUGGACUCCAUCGUGAUCCCCUACAGGCGCGUGGAAGAAGCUUUCCACUGCAAGCUGAAAGCCCAGCUGGUCAUCGACAAGAAGACCCUGAUGGAGCUGCACAGCUUCCAGGCGCCCCUGGCCAAGGGGGCCUUCCUGCGGGGCUCGGGCCUGAACCUCUCGACCGGCCGCUUCACGGCCCCGGUGUCCGGCAUCUACCAGUUCUCGGCCAACGUGCACAUUGACCACAGCGAGCUGAAGAGCCGAGCCCAGCUGAGGGCCCGAGACAAUGUCCGGGUGCUGAUCUGCAUCGAAUCCUUGUGUCAUCAACACACGUCCCUAGAGGUGAUCACGGGCCUCGAGAGCAACAGCAAAAUCUUCACGGUGCACAUCCAGGGGCUUCUGCAGCUUCAGGCCGGCCAGUACACCUCCAUCUUUGUGGACAACAGCGCCGGGGCUGCCCUCACCAUCCAGAGUGGCUCGGACUUCAUGGGGAUGCUCGUGGGGCUGUGACCCGGAGGGAAGCCCAAGCAGCUCAGGGCCAGGGCCGGCGGGGAGCCCCUGGUCGGGGAGGGGCAGGACCUGGGGCAGGGGGAGAAAGGACCCCCGGGGCUCCCCCCUUCUCCGGGAUCCGGGAGCCCAGCCGGGGCCGCCGCCCCGCCUUCCCUCCGUGUUCCCCCAAACACACACACCACGGACACCCACGUGCCCUGUGCAUCCCCCCCAACACUCACACACACAUAUUCACACACCUUGCGGGUCAGAGGCGGCUGCUUGUUUUUUUUAUUCCUGUCUAUUAUUAUAUACGUUACUGAUAAUUAUUAUUAUGAAAAUUAUGAUAAUAGAGAAUAAAAUGGCGGGAGGGGCCUGACCUCCAGCCACGUGUGGUUAAGA